AUGGAUCGAAAGUGGUUCGCAUGGCUCUUCACACUUCUCAUCCUCCACAAUGAGGUCGUUUUUUCAGCAUAUCACUGGAAGCUAAGUGAGGAUGGGAAGAAGAUCGAAGCUGUGAUGGACACUCCAUACCAUAUGCGGAUGCCCGGAUCAUUGACAGAUUUUAUGAAGCAAGUGGAGAAUGUGAAAGUGAUAUCACAACAUGUGGAUGAUAUGCAGGGAAUGUGGAAGAAGAUCUCGAAACACGAGAACUUUGAUAAUCCGAAGUUUGAAGAGGAUUUUAGGCAGCAAGAAGAGGCGUGUGUUAAAUCUCGUGGUAUCAAACUAGAACCCGACAGUUUCCAUACGUCCUUCACUGCGGAACUCUGUCCAGAAUUCCACGAAUCAUACCAACAGUACACCGCAUUUGUGAAAGAGUACUUUGGAUCACCUCCAGAUACUGACAAACGGCCACCCAGAUGUAACUAUUGGUUUGAAGCUGUCAAGAUGAAAGGCCAGAAUAAUGUUGAUUUGGGAAAAAGUAUGAACGAAAAAGUUGGCGCCGAGGAUGAGAUGUAUUUAAAAGUGCUGGAUAUGUACUUCCCGGAUUUCGCCAAGUUCACACGUGGAUCCGAAGGAAUGUCUCGAUUCGGAAACAUGCUUUCUAGUAUGCUCUCCCAUGAUGAUGAGCGAGUUUCUCGAAAUGCAUAUCUUCAUAUGGCAGCUGCUGCAUAUUGGAGAGCACAAGGAAAAAUAUCAUAUGCGUUGACAUGUUAUGCAACUGGGAUUCAUUUUGUGAAUGACGAAUCCAAAGCUCCAAACAUUGAUUCAUUCCAUCCAGCACAUGCAGAACAGACAGUCAGACUAUCCAUAGCGACACUUCUAAACAGAGCUGGAUAUUCUGUAGAAGCUUAUAUUAUUCUGAAGCAACUCACGACGGAUAACAUGGUUGCUUGUUAUAAAGGAAUGAUGUUUGCUGCAACAGCAGAUGCUUCAGUUCUCACUGGACCGGAGAGCAAUAAUUCCGAUCCGGAAACUGAAAAACCAACGAUUCAGUUGAAAUUAACGCAAAAGGAAAGGAAUGGGAUAUUCAGUAAAACGUUCCACAAUUAUGCAAAAGCAGCUAGCGAAUUCAAGGAUGCCAAAAAGGAACAAAACCAAGAAGAUGGUGGACUUUUGGAUCAAUUUUUCGAUUUAGGAGAGUCAAAAGCAUACGUUAUUUCUUGUCACAUGAGGUUAUAUGAAGCUUUGGAACAGCAAAAAGACAAUUUGGAAAGUCUUGUGAAUGAGAAAAACAACUUUCAAAAGUCAUACAAAAAACGAGAUGAUUUGAAACUCAAAGUGAUGGCUCUUCUUUCAUCGAACGAGAUUCGAGCAAACCAGAAGUUAUUUUAUGAUCAAGUCAAAUAUGGGCCACAUCCAUUCAGAAAAUGUCAGAGAACUCAAGUCAAUAGAUUCCCAUCGACCAAUAAUAAAAUGAAUGUAGCUGCCACUAUUUCAUGUACGGUGAGUCUUACAUGCUCUCCAGAAAAAUAUGAGGAAUUGAUGGCUCCAUUAAGAGAAAAAACUCUGCGAAACAGACCGCCUAUCAACGAAACGGCGUGGAAAGUGACAGAGGUGUAUCCUAGGAACAGGGCAUUCGAGAAGACACUUCUGGAUAUAUCGAGAGAUUGUCAAAAAGAAGGAUACUUCAGAAUGAUCCCACCAAGAUUUUCAGACAAGGAAGUUGAUGAAACUGCGGAUCGUUACUGGAGACGUGCAGAUUGGCCAAAUUCAUUGGACUGUCAGGCAGUCGUAUCUGCUUCGAACCCUUUCAGAAUAAACACGUUCCCACAAGUAUUCAUUUCUCCAGAAAAUCGAGGAUGGAUAAUAUCGGAACUUUUGACAACUCAUCUUGGUCUUCUCCCAGCUGACAGUCUACCUCUCCCAUGGUUUGAACCAAGAUGUGAUUUUGUCAAAAUGGAUGAUCUCCGCGUUUUUACUGGAUUCGAAGCUAUCGAAAGACUUCUGAAUCCACGGUUUGACCGGAAAACAGAUGAGUAUGCAGAGCGAACAUUGAAAACUCAAUUCGUCCGAUUGGCGGAUAGAGUGAUGGAGGAACAUGAAAUGGCAGCUAGAAUUCAUCUGCUCAUCAAGCAUACGAAUUUUCAGAAUAUUGGUCCCAAAUGGGUGUCUUUAAACUUGGCCGGACUUUAUUGGAGAGUUCAAGGAAAUGCACAUCAAGCAACAAAAUGUCUUCUUGGAGCCUUCCUCGAUAAACCAGGAGAGUCAUUUAUUUCAAUAGUUCAACUUACACAAGUGAUGCUCAAAGCAACACGAAUGAUCAACGAUGCAAAUGGAUUUCUGAUGCAACAACUCAAUCUUCUUGGAUACAAGGAACCACUCUUCCAUUUUGUACAAGGACGAAUGAAAAUGUUGCUUCACGACGUAGAUAAGGCAAUUCAGCAUUUGAAAGAAGCAAUGGAUAGAGAUCCAGAAAAUGUGGUUAUUGAAGAAGAUCUUUUGAAAAUUGCUUGCGGUGGACAAUCAACGAAACUCGCCAUUUCCUCUUUAUAUCCAACUGUCUGCUGUUCAAUGGUGACCCAGAACGCAGUUUGUAUUAGACCAAGAAAAGAAAUGGAAGAGCAAUGCUACGUCGUAGAACCCCAUAAGCUUCCAAAUGCACAACCAAUACUUGCCUAUCAUCGAUGCAAUGGAUACUAUGAUGGAUUCAGUAAAAAGACACAGGACUACGCCAGCAUUGUAUCUCCAUUCUUGACUGUAUUCAAUCAUGUCACUUCACGAAACGAUGUCAGUAAUUGGGUCAACCAAGUAGACGGAAUACAAACUGUUGAGAGCAGUGAAAUGCCAUUGGAUUAUGGAGGAUGGAACAACUUUUUCACUGAAAGACCAGCAGAGUGGUGGGAUUCAGCAAUCAACGAAAUGAAGUAUGUUCUACCGACCAAGAAGGAAAAAGAGGCGAACGAAUGGGAGGAAACAUGGAACUCAGAUUUAGCGAAAAUCCCUGAAAAGCCAUUAUCCUUCCUUUGGAUUCGGGAGAAGUCUGUGAUGAAAGAAUACGAUGCGAAGCUUCCAUCUGACCUUCCGAAACCAUCAACUCAUCAAAUUCGACGUGGUAUUGCAAUCUUCCCGCCUCCACGUGUUGCAACGAUGUCUUGCAAUGGAGUCGCCAAGCCAGAAGCCAUCUUUGAAAAUGCUCCAUCCACUUGGGUGUCCCUGACUGCCAAGGGUGAGGAUAUCGAGAAGUAUGUGGAUUUAAGAGGACCAAUGCCAGCUAUGGCGUCCCUACAACCAGUGUGUCCUACAAUGGACAAGUACAAGAAUUCACCGAUUCUCGGCCUCGAUCAUAUUCCUGCUUUUGCUCUCAGUGACCAAUUUCUGUUCUAUCAGCCUGAGAAGGCUCUUUCUGAAGCUUUAAAGUCGCUGGGUAACGAAAGAGAUACCAUUGAACAUGUUGCUGCACGUCUUCAUGCUGCAAUGCUUCUCAGUAAUACACAGGAUGGCCAGGUUAACUGGGUGCUCUGCGUCCUAUCUUCCCUGUACUGGAGAGUUACUGGAAACGCCGAAAAUGCGAUGGGAUGUCUCCGUUGCGCUCUUCACACUGCUCCACCAAAUAUGAGAGAUGUCGCUUUGGUAUCUCUAGCCAACAUUUGUCAUCAAGCAGGCCUUCUGAAUUCCGCAUUGAUCUCUGCCGGAGCUGCUCUUAGUACCUCACCUCGUCUUGUCGCCAUACACUUCACACUUGGAAAUAUUUAUGCAUCGAUUGGAGAUUAUCAAAGAGCUCUCAAUUUCUACUAUUCUACACUAUCUCUCCAGUCCAACUUUCAACCUGCAAAGGACAGAAUCCGCACGAUUUACUGUCACGCUAGCAAGGACUUUGAAUUUUAG